AGUAGAUUCAUGUUCGUUCAUCUGGAUGGUCUGCCUGACCCAGGUCCUCACCGUAGUGCACUCUUAGGCUUCUAGGGCGUGUUUACGAGGCUGAAAAAGUUGGUCGCUGAUUCCCUCCAUUCCGUGAGUUGAGCCCGGCCUCGCAGUCCCCACCCCCGUUGUCGUGUGUGUCGCCUCGGCGUCUUUGGCGUGGCCUGACGUGUGUGGCUCAUCAUGGCGGAUCCCCUGACCUUGCUUCGUCAGUAUCACACCUCGGGCCGGACCGAAGAGAUCCUCGAGGCCGACAGUCAUAUCAUCUUUGGCGAUUUGGCCUGGCCCAAGGAUGUGCGCACCAAUUUCAAGAUCUACGGAUCGGAGAGUGACGGCAAACGGGAUUAUUACACUUUGGAAUGUCUGUUAUACUUCCUGAAGAACAUCAAGCGCUCCCAUCCGGAUUAUGUCAAGCAGGCCAAAGGCGAGGUGCCCAUUGUGCAUCGCCCGGAUCGCCGAGACCUCAUCCAGUACUUGGAGGGCAAUCUGCAAAAGAAGGAUCUCAAGUCCUUGGAUCAGUCGGCUCCUUUACAAAUGCCCAUCAAUUUCAAGCGAUCGGCGCGAGAAGAGCUGCGCAAGAGUGACACGUCUUUUGGUGGGAGUGCGGCUAAGAAACCGCGAUUGGAGCACAAUCAAUCCGAGAUCAAAGAGCGUUUGGCCGCCAAAUUGGACGGACCUCAAGAGAGCAAGUUGUCCAUCAACAAAGCCAAUUUAAAGAACUUGUCUGAGGACUUGACUACCGACAAGAUCGCCGAGAUCCGCGCCAAGCUCAUCUCCAAUCGAAGAACUCGCAUCAAACCCGAGGACGAUGAUGCCAAACAGACUAGUUUGGGAUUGGGAGAUUUAGAAGUGAAUCGAGAGUCUCGGGACAUUUUUGGACGUGAGCGCGUUUGGCGAACUAGAACUACCGUCCUGCAGAGUACGGGCAAGAAUUUCUCCAAGACCGUGACUGCGUUGCUGUCCUCCGUCAAAGCUCGUGAAGAAGGCAAAAUGGGCAAGCCACAUCCACCUCAAGCCCCGCCCAGUGUCACACCUCGUCCCGGAGGAAGUAUGCCUCCACCCCAACGGCAGUCCCUACCCAACUACAAUCGGUACGAUCAGGAACAGUUCCGUGGGAAAGACGACACGCACGGUUUCAACAUUGAGACCAUGGGCACGUUUUCGGGCAUGACUCUCAAGAGUGUAACGGAAGGCAGUCAAGCCAACCGCCAUAAACAGAACAAAGGAGGACCUCCUACUAAACCAUCAGGUCCUACACCCGCGGCUUCGGGACCGAAUGCUAAGCCUGGCGUAGGAUCCGCGUCUCCUGGACACAGCGGAAAACGUCCAUCGCGAACCCCUAUCAUCAUUAUUCCCGCCGCUCCGAAGUCGCUGAUCACCAUGUUCAACGCUAAGGACAUUCUUCAAGACCUUCGAUUCGUGUCGACGGAAGACCGAAAAGCCCAAGGCGGCAAAAGAGACAAUGAAUUGCUCAUUCAGAGACGCAAAGAAGGCGGACUCACCGUGCCGUAUCGGGUGAUUGAUAACCCAAGUAAGCUCACUAAUGCCGAUUGGGAUCGUGUCGUGGCGGUUUUCGUCAUGGGACAAGCCUGGCAAUUCAAAGGAUGGCCCUGGGAAGGUGUCCCAGUGGUUAUAUUUUCCAAGAUUGCAGCCUUCCAUGUUAAAUGGGACGAGAGUACCUUAGAAAAGAACAUCGGCAAUUGGGCCGUCAACGUUAUCCAGCUUUCGCGAGAGAAGCGUCAUCUGGAUCGAGCCAAAUUAAUGUCCUUUUGGGAGACAUUAGACAAGUACAUGGUGAAAAAUAAGCCUCACUUACGAUUCUGAAUUCUGAUGGAAAUUUGUUGCAAAACAUCAUUGGAAUACGAUAUAUGCUGUUAUGUACCUGCAUCCCGCGGGGUUUGUGUGUCAACCAAUGUUGACCGACUCGAAUUAUACUAAUAAACUUCCAUGGAUGCCACA